AGUACUCGUUCUGGUCAGAUCACACAGGUGUGUGAAGUCGCAUAUAUCUGAGGCAAAAUGCAGACCGUCGCUCUGGUUGGGACUCUGCUUGGGAGAAUGCGCCAUGUGUGGUGGGAUUCUGUUUGAAUUAACGUCAACUCUGAGGCAGAGAAGCAUCAAGCAGGCCUGAUGGAGCGCUGCAGUCCUCCUUGAGCGUUUGUGGGAACACAGGACAGCGAUGCUCUACCUGGCCAACACGGCCCACUGGCAGUUCCUGGGCCUGAUCGUCGGGGCCCUGGCGUGGAUCCUCACCACGGCUGCGGUGGGCAUCGAUGAGUGGCGGGUUUGGUACAUUGAUGAUGUGACCAUCAUCACAUCAGGUGAGGCUUGGGUGGGCAUCUGGAAGGCGUGUUUCUUAAGCCACGCCUUUCCCAUGACAGAGAACUGCUGGAGCAUCGGCUUCUCUGACCCCUUCGCCCCGGUGGAGAUCCGCCUGGCCCAGGUGCUGAUGAUGCUGGCGGUGAUCUGCGGCCUGGCGGGGAACAUCAGUGGCGCGCUGGCCAUGAGGAUGGUCUACUUCUCAGUGGAGCAUCGCAGCAACAUGAGGAUGCUCUUCGUGCUGGCAGGGGCCCUGUAUGUGCUCACAGCGACGUUCUCCCUGGUGCCACUCACGUGGAACAUGAACUCGGUGCUGAAAAACUGCACCAUAGACUUCCCCCCUGAGUUCCACCUCCCACCUGCUCCCGUCAGGCAGAGAGUCGGCAUCGGCAUCGUAGUGGGAAUCCUGGCCUCCAUCAUGAUGCUCAUAAGUGGCAUGCUCUUCCUCUGCUACCGGUAUGUGUGGACGGACCCUGAGCAGACCAGAGAGCCCCUCCACAGUCCCUGGACAGAAACCACGCUCACACAGAACACUGAGCUGUCAGAAGGAGUCAUCCAGGGCAUGCACAAUCCUGCAUUCCUCACUGAAGCAAUCUCAUAAUCCCUUUGCUUUUCUUUUUUCUUUUAUAUGUAUAUAUAUCUUUAUGUUAAUCAAAGCUUCCAUCAUCGAGCAGUUCAUUGACACAGAAUCAGAUAUGAGCAAUAAAAAUAGUUUGAAAAAGAAAAUAAACUGCUUUACCACAUAAAACUGACCAAAAACCACUUGUGGGCCAAAAGCAGUAGCUAUUUUGAUUCAAACAUCUUUUUACCUGCUGUGAACUUGUUUCAUGGCCUCUUGGGGGAGACAGAAACAAGCUGCAAAUACUGUCACCUCUUAAAGUUUUCACAACUAGCUGCUUAUUUUCAUUUUCUACACGUAUAGUCAUGCAGACUCCCAUUCAUAUCUUUCUAAUCAUGUAUUUUAUGUUUAGUAGCUUUAGGAAGUAUUAAUAAUAAUAAUAAUAAUAAUUCAUUUUAUUUAGAGGAGCCUUUCAGGUCACCCAAGGAUACAAACACACAUUAUAUAUAGUAUACAGUUAAUACAAAAGCAAAAAUACAAUACAAAAAGCAGCAACAGACAGCAUAAACAAAGUGCAUAGACCAAUAACUGGAAUAAACUGGUGUAGUGUAGUGCAGUGUCCAGUUAGAGUGAGUGAGCGCCUUUUAACAGGUGGGUUUUGAGUUGGGUUUUGAAUGUUGUGAUGGAGUCUGUCUGUUUUAUGUGUGGGGGGAGGGAGUGUAAUAUAUAGUAUUAGCAGAUUUUUAACUCUCAAAAGUUGCCACUUGUGCUACACAUGGGGAAUUAUCUUAUUAUUAUAUUUAAUUUUCCUAAAAGUGUAUAUUCAUGACAACUAACAGCCAUGCUGCAGUUAAUCAAGGAGAACAAGUAACCCAGACAACCAAUACACAGGUCUGGAAGUGGCUCUGCAGAGCUGAGAGGAAACAUCAUCUUGUCAUCAAUCUUCUGAGUCUGUUGUCAUGUGAUUCAUGUUGGUGUCAUUUUAUUAUAAAAUACCAGUUCUGAAAAAUCUG